AUGAAGACAGAAUUCAAGUUUUCAAACCUCUUGGGUACCGUCUAUCGUCAAGGCAACCUCGUCUUCACCCCAGACGGCAACUCUCUGCUCUCGCCAGUCGGCAACCGCGUGACGGUCUUUAACCUAACGAAAAAUACCAGUUACACCUUUCCCUUUGCCCACCGAAAGAAUAUCACCAACCUUGACCUUUCCCCAGACGGAAGCCUCCUCCUCACCAUUGACGAGGAUGGCCGUGCAAUACUGUCUAUUUUCUCCAGAAGAGUGGCUAUCUACCAUUUCUCCUUUAAAUCGCCGGUGACGUCGUUAGCAUUUGCUCCGGACGGUCGUCAUUUCGUGGUUGGACUCGGCAGAAAGAUUCAGGCAUGGCGGACACCUUCUACGCCCGGCGGAGGUGCUGAUGGGGACCUCGAAUUCGCUCCGUUCGUUCUGCAUCGUGAAUAUGGAGGUCACUUUGACGAUGUCAGACAUUUGAGCUGGUCGGGUGACUCGCGCUUUUUCCUCAGUGCAUCCAAAGACCUCACCGCGCGGAUAUGGAGUCUGGAUCCAGAGGAAGGAUUCGAGCCGACAGUCCUCUCGGGCCAUAGACAGCAAGUCAGGGGCGUCUGGUUCUCCGCCGAUCAAGAAUCUAUAUUUACAGUGAGUGAAGACGGGGCUCUCUUCCGCUGGGAGUACUCAGCCCGCCUACGGGCCGAAAACGAUGAGUCGAUAGAGCCCGACGAUGAGAGGUGGCGCAUUGUCCAGAGGGACUAUUUCAUGCAGAACGCAAAGCUGAAAUGCGCUUCCUAUCACCCCUCGACCAACUUACUCACUGUCUGCUUCGACAAUGGUCUAUUUUCCUUGUAUGAGACUCCCUCUUUCUCCAACAUCCACAGCCUGUCAAUGGCAGCCUCGCCCAUUUCAGCGGUAACCAUCAACAACACGGGAGAAUGGCUUGCCCUAGGCUCAUCCAAGACCGGUCAACUACUAGUCUGGGAGUAUGCUUCGGAGUCAAACAUCCUCAAGCAGUCGUCACAUCUUGACACAAUGACGACUUUGACGUAUUCUCCAGACUCUGGUCGCAUCAUUACUGGUGCUGAUGAUGGGCUAAUCAAGGUCUGGGAUGUCUCCUCCGGUUUCCACAUUGCGACCUUUUCGGAACAUAAUUCUGCCGUCACCGCCUCUGCAUACUCCAAAAGAGGCAACAUUCUCUUUACAUCCUCUCUAGAUGGAUCAGUCCGAGCCUGGGAUAUGUUGAGGUAUCGAAAUUUUAGGACGUUCACCGCUCCUCAAAGGGUUUCCUUUUCCUGUUUAGCCAUCGACCCUUCUGCGGAGGUCGUCUGCGCCGCAUCUCACGACUCUUUUGACAUUUAUCUGUGGUCCGUCCAAACUGGGGCUCUUCUCGAUCGGCUGGCGGGCCACGAAGGCCCGAUAUCUACACUAGCCUUUACCCCGGACGGUCGACACCUCGUCUCGGGAUCGUGGGAUCACACCAUUCGAGUAUGGUCUGUGUUUGACAGAUCACAAUCGUCGGAAACGUUACAGCUCAUGUCUGACCUGCUGUGUAUUGCAAUUCGGCCUGACUCUGCACAAAUCGCAGCCUCUACUCUUGAUGGCCAGCUUACCUUCUGGAAUCUGAACACUUCAAUACAAGAAUCUGGUUUCGACGGUCGUCGAGAUGUCAGUGGAGGUCGAACCUUGACUUCGCGACGUACAGCGGCCUCAACCCCUGGAACUAAGUCGUUCAACUCAAUCGUGUAUUCCGCAGACGGCAGCUGUCUUCUUGCAGCCGGCAACAGCAAAUACAUCUGUCUAUACUCCGUUAGCACGCUGACGUUGAUCAAGAAGUUUACCAUCUCCAUCAACCUGAGUCUGGACGGGACACAGGAAUUCUUAAAUUCGGCAGCUAUUAUGUCCAAUGGCCUGCCUAGAGAAAUGCUGGACACAGAAGGCGAAGCAAGCGACCUCGAAGAUCGCAUCGACCGUGGCCUCCCAGGCGUGAAACGUGGCAAAGACGCCACGGCGAGGACUAUUCGUCCAGAAGUCAGGGUCGCUGAUGUCGAGUUCGCACCGACCGGAAGAAGCUUCUGUGCGGCCAGCACUGAAGGUCUCUUGAUAUACAGCCUCGACAGUGCGGGAAUGGAAGACUUCGACCCAUUUGAUCUCGACAUCGACGUUACUCCGCAGAACGUACGAUCUAUCCUCGCACAAGAUGAGCCUGAAUACCUCAAGGCUCUCGUCAUGGCUUUCAGACUGAACGACAAACCUUUGCUCCGACAAGCUUAUGAGUCAGUACCAUACGGGUCGAUUCCGCUGCUUGUGCGUGAACUACCGAGGGUGUAUCUCGGGAGACUGUUGAUGCUCGUCGCCCAGCAGAUGGAAAAUAACCCUCAUUUGGAGUUCGCCCUUCGCUGGCUGGGUGAGAUACUGAGUGUCCAUGGCCGGUAUAUCAAGGAGCGGCAUGGUGAAUUUGCCGCUGAACUUCGCUCCAUCCUCCGCGGUGUCGACGGCGUAGGAAAACAAGUGCGCAGUCUCAGCGAGCGAAAUGUUUUUGAGAUUGAAUUCUUGUGUCAACAACCAAAAGGCAGCAACAACAAGCUGCUAAUGGAAAAUCUGGGGCAUUAUGGCCAUCACUCGAAUGGAGAGACGGUCGUCGCCGAAGAUGGCGAGGCGGAGUGGAUUGGCCUGGAGUGA